UUAGUGUUCGAAGACUCUGUGAAUGGAGGAAAAGCAGCGUUGGCGGCUGGUAUGAAAUGUGUCAUGGUGCCGGAUGAUAAGUAUCUUGAAGAAGCAAAAAAACUCAAGGUCGACAAGGUCCUGAAGAGCUUAGAUGACUUCAAGCCAGAAGAAUUUGGUCUUCCUGCGUUCGACUGA